AUGGCCCCCCUUUUACAGAGUUCUCCUUCCCUUCCUCUCUCUGCAGACAAUGGCGACGAGCCCUCUGAAGGAGGCCUGGUUGAGAACCACGUGGAUGGGACCGUGAACCUUUUGGGCGGUGGAGGCGGCGCUGGCCGGAAGCCCCUCAAGUCAGGCAUGAAGGAGUUGGCGGUGUUCCGGGAGAAGGUCACCGAGCAGCACCGGCAGAUGGGCAAGGGGGGCAAGCAUCACCUUGGUCUGGAUGAACCCAAGAAGCUGCGGCCGCCACCUGCCAGGACCCCCUGCCAGCAGGAGUUGGACCAGGUCCUGGAGCGGAUCUCCACCAUGCACCUUCCAGAUGAGCGGGGCCCUCUGGAGCACUUGUACUCCUUACACAUCCCCAACUGUGACAAGCACGGCCUGUAUAACCUCAAACAGUGCAAGAUGUCUCUGAACGGGCAGCGUGGGGAGUGCUGGUGUGUGAACCCCAACACUGGGAAGCUGAUCCAGGGAGCCCCCACCAUCCGGGGGGACCCUGAGUGUCAUCUCUUCUACAACGAGCAGCAGGAGGCCCGUGGGGUACACAGCCAGCGGAUGCAGUAACCCCCAGCCAGCCGGUGCCGGGCACCCCCCGCCCCCACCCCCUCUCCAAACACUGGCAGAGAGAGGAGAGCCUUGCGUGGUGGGUGGGGAGGGUUUUCCAGGAGUGUUGACACGUGUAUUUAUAUUUGGAAAGACCAGCACCGAGCUCGGCACACCCCCGCCUUCCCCCUCCCCAGCGGGAGCUGCCUGCACCCUCGCCUUCUCCUGUCCCAGCUGGGGAGGAAGGGUGCUUGCAGGGGUGGAGCUGGGGGCAAGGCUUGGGAGGGGGGAAAAAGAAAUUUUUAUUUUUGAACCCCCGUGUUUCUUUUGCUUAAGAUUAAAGGAAGGAAAAAUAAA